AUGGCCUCACUGGUUAACAUUUCCCAAUCUACCCAUGAGCAAGUUGUUCAUUUGAUGAGCAAUUUGGCAGAAAGGGUAAUUAACGACCCCCCAGGAGAUAUAUACCUUUUUGCUCAGAAGUUUUUUGAAGAGUUGCUACUCAAGAGAGAUGGAUGGCAAAGUAAAAAUUAUGAGAAAUUACCAAAUUGCGCUAAGCUUAUCAAGAAUUCAUCAAAAAGGAUGCAAUUUAAGAAAAUCGAUAUCAUCAAAACUAAAAUUGAUUAUCUUAGAUACUAUAGAAAACAGUCUCAGGAGAAAAAACAUAAAAAUAGUAACCAGGACAACAAAGGACUGAUUCAGAGUCAGAAAAAUAUCGUCGAUGUUGAAAAAGGAAAAGAAAAUAUAAAAUUUGAAAUUCUUUUCAAUUCACAUUUGAAGCAAUAUAAGUGCGUUCAGAGCAGUUUCGAGAAUUUUUCUGAAGACGAUGAAGGACUUGAGAUUCAAGAAAAUAUUUACAAAAAGCUAAUUACUAAAGAAAAUCGAGAUUUUCAGCCACUUUCAAGAAAAUCAAACAAAUUCUUUGUCGUUAAUCAUCUGAUUAAAAUAUAUAUGCCUAGGAUAUAUUUUUCUUCUUCGGAUAUAUUAUUAAAAGUUAAAUCUUUUGAUAAAGUGAAUUUAAUUGCUGGUCAUAAUAUCAUUAAAAAUCAUUCUGUAAAAGUCACUUUUUUGGCCUCGAAUGAUUAUGGAGUAGUUUUUACAGUGAACUGUGGUCUGGAUUCUGAAGUAAUGAUCUUUCUUUUGAGGAUGCCGAAUGAAGCUAAAAUGAGAGCUCAAAGAAUGAGACGUUUCCAUAAGGCAAUCGAUUUUAAAGCGAACAUUCUUAAAUAUAAAAUGAAUCUCUACAUAUUUGAAAGAUUUUUAUUAAAGUGUCAGGAAUAUUUGAAUUAUGGACUACUAGAUUGUAAGGAUAUCAUAAUCCUGAAUAAUCCUGAAGGGUGCUGGGAGUCAUUUGAAAAAAAUGUGCCUUUGGAUUAUCAAAAGAAUAGUGAAGUAUGUGAAUCAGAAAUUUCUGAAGACCAAAUUAAUAUUUCUACAGAAGAUUAUACACCUCAGAAGACACUGGAUGUUUUUCGUAUUGGGAAUGAUUUAGGAUAUUUUAAAACUCAUAAGAUAAUUCGCUCAAAAAGUGCACCAAAGGUACUUGUACCUAAACCUAAACACAUGCGACAGCGAAUGAAAAGUGCAAAAUAAAUAUUUUUUUUUCACAA